AUGUUACAAUCAGUCCAACACUUCUUUACUGAAUUCUUUAAUAGAAGUCCUAAAAACAUCGACAACUGUGGUCGAAGGAAAAAAUAUUAUAAUGGACUAAAAGGCAUGAGAAGGAAAGAGCGUGGGAGAUCAUUGAAAAGACGGUCUGAUAGUGUAUUACACAGAGAGUUGUAUCCUUCUCUAAGCUCCGAGAAUAAACACUUCAAAACGGUAUCAGACCCUAAACCAAGUCGGCAAUUGAAAACUAGACGAAAUAGGAUUGAAAAAACAUAUAAUAAUUAUCCUAAAGUAAAGACAGUGAAAGAUUCAUUACUGAGAUCGUUAUUAAGUCGUUUGGGCACACUUUUUUCCAAUAAUGAGUACUCUAUGGAAAGAAUGCAAAAGACCUGUAACAAUAUAAGCGCUAUUGUGCAACCGAAUCCUUUGAAGAGUGGUGAAGAGCAAGAAAUAUUGGUGAGAAGGAUUACAGCAAGUAAGGCUUUUCAAAAAAAAUUAAAAGAUAUCCAAUAUGAUAAACAAAUGUUAACUCAACUAAAAAGUAGAGUGCCGGACAAAAAUAUAUCAUAUCGUUCUCAACUUUCUUCAAACAAUAUCACUGAAGAUAAAAUACGACUUCUGUCAAUAAAGAAUCGAGAACUGGAAACAGAACUGAAUAAAACAAAGGAUCUACUACAACUAACAAAGAAGGAUCUCAAAUUUGCUAAAGACAAAAAUGAUCUCCUUCAGUCAUUAUUGCGAGAUGAAAAAACUGAUGAAAAGUUUCUCCAAUAUAAAGCUCAUGUUCUUAAUUCAUCAACCGGAAACCCGGGUAGAAACGAUGGCUAUUUAGCUUCAAGCCCAUCAUCUCAAGAAAAUAGGGACAAUGACUUUGGUACACCCAACUACUACAAUAGAUAUCCAAAGAUUCCCAGUACAGAAGUUUUGAAAAAAAAUCACGGUCGCCAUGACCAUCAUAAUAAUUCCCUCUCCCCCAUAAGGAUUGAUUUUACAAAGUAUUCUUCCUAA